AUGCUUACUUCUAUUAUCAUCCUUGUUGGCACUAUAUUGGAAGAGAGUAUCAAAGAAGACACUCUCAACAGAGAUCCAGGACCUUUAUCACCUUCCCCAAGUGUCGUAUAUGACGCGGAUGACAGAGAAGUCGCCAUGGAAGUGCUCAACCUUCAAGGUAGAGGCGCUUCGAAGAGCUUCAUCACUGAAUGCAUGGCACUUAAAAAUAUUAAGCACCGGAAUCUUGUGAAGAUCAUAACAUCAUGCUCCGGCAUUGAUUACCAGCGUAAUGAUUUCAAAGCUCUGGUUUUUGAAUUCAUGGGAAAUUCAGGCUCAGAGGAGUGGUUGCAUCCGAGGGCGGAGAGUGAAAAUCGAUCAAGAAACUUGAACUUUCUGCAAAGAAUACAUAUUGCACUUGGUGUUGCUUAUGGAUUGCACUAUCUGCACGUCAAAUGUGAACCACCAAUCGUCCAUUGUGAUUUAAAGCCAAGCAAUAUCCUUCUUGACAAUGACAUGGCUGCUCAUGUUGGAGAUUUUGGUUUGGCAAGGAUUCUCUCAAGCACAAAUGGUAUUCCUAAAAAUCAAAGCAGCACAAUUGGCUUAAAGGGAUCUACUGGCUAUGUUGCUCCAGGGCUAAAUAUUAACUUGGCAGAGUAUGGAAUGGGUGGCGAGGCAUCAAUCCAAGGGGAUGUGUAUAGCUACGGAAUUCUUUUGUUGAAAAUGUUCACCGGAAAGAGGCCCACGAAUGAAAUCUUUAAAGAGGAUUUCAAUAUUCAUCAAUAUGUAAACAUGGCAUUACCAGAAAGAAUAAUGCAGAUUGUUGACACAAGGCUUCUCCUGCCUGAAGAGGUUGAGGGUAAGCCUUUGAAGAGGAACCCUCAGCGUGUUGGGAUGUCAGAGCUACGGAAUGGACCGGAACUCCUGGUUGUAGUGAAGGCCCUGUUGCCUUCGAAGGUGGAGCCUGCAGCCAACUUUCAAAAGCCGCUGGAGUGGGAGAACUCCGUCCUGUGUUGA